AUGUGGCCUGUGCUCUGGACCGUGGUGCGUACCUAUGCUCCUUACGUCACAUUUCCGGUGGCCUUCGUGGUCGGGGCUGUGGGCUACCACCUGGAAUGGUUCAUCCGGGGAAAGGAUCCGCAGCCUCUGGAGGAAGAGAAGAGCAUCUCAGAGCGCCGAGAGGACCGCAAACUAGAUGAGCUGCUGGGCAAGGACCACACCCAGGUGGUGAGCCUUAAGGACAAGCUGGAGUUUGCCCCAAAAGCUGUCCUGAACAGAAACCGCCCAGAGAAGAGUUAA